CAUUGCGUUCGUCUGCAAAUUAUUACAAAAUAAAUGAAAACGAAAAAAUAAAUGCAAAACAAACUGUGCAAGCAAGCAAGCAGUAAGCCACGGGGUAGGGAAGCGCAGCUCUCUUCAUUGUGUUGUUUGUGCGUGUAUGUGUGGUACAGUUGGGUAGAAAAAACAUUGCUGGCCUGGCAGCGCCGUACAGCAGAACCAGCACAGUAAAAAAAGAAAAUAGAAACAGUGAAGCAAGCAAAACUCAAAAAAAGAAAAAAAAAAAACAAAUAUAUAAUAAUAUAGUGACGUUAUUUAUUUAUGAAUUGCAAACUGUGUGUAAAUGAAAAAGCCGUCGAACAUUAAUGAAUUAGUGCAAAAUAAAAUGAACGGUGUUGCCAAUUUGCUAAUAUUUUACAGCAGCAGGGAAGACUUCACAAACGCAAUCGCAAUCGAACGCAGUGCAGUGAAAGCAGAAAUCAUAAACGACGUUUAUGCAAAGAAAAACGAAAAAUGUAAAACCUUUUCAAAACUGAUAUAUGUAAAAAAUGCGAGCUGGUAAAAAGACGGCAACAGCAGCUGACACGACAGGCAAGACUCGACCGUGCAUAGUUUAUGUGAAGAAUCUAAAGGAAUCUGAGACCACUGAGUUGAUCAACAAUUCGACGCACUACAGCAAGCAACAGCAACGCAACGCAUCAGGCAAGCGCAACAUAAAUACAACAACGUUCAAGGAGAAGGAAAAGGAGAGGGAGAGGGAGAAGACAGGAGAUCUGAGAGAGACGCGCACAUCGAGACGUGCCACAUCCAUAGCAAACGUGGAACUGUUGCCCAAGCGAGCAAACGCAGCCGUUAUCGGCAAAUCUCCAAUUGUGGCUUCUGUACGCGGACGUCCUCCCAUCAAGCAGCAGCAGCUGCAGCAACAGCAGCAGCUGAAGCGACGCAACACCGAGUUUCCAGUGGCAAGAACUCCUGUUGCUGCUGCUGCUGCCACAACUUUGGCUGCUGUGAAGCGACGGGACAACAACAACACAACCAUCACAACAACGACAACAACAACGUCGUCAGCGAAAGGCAACAAAAUGUACAAACAAUCCAAGUUGGCCAUGUCGUCAUCAGCAUCGUCGGCCAUUGUCACAUCACCGCCACCGACAAUUGCCGCAAGUCGUUCGCGUCGCUCGAUCAAACCGAAUCCCAAAUAUGCCAGCGAUGACAUGGUGACACCCAAAUAUGUUGCCGCCCUGGCCAGCGAUACGCCCAACAAGCGAGGAGGCGGGGCCAAGCAACUGUUUCUGGACGACGACGAUGACGAGGACGAUGAUCUGCAUGAUUUGAUUGAGGAGGAUAACGAUGAUGAGCUCACCGAUGCCGCCUUCAAUCCGCAGCUGCACAAAUCCGACGAUGACGACGAAAUCAGCGAGGCGGAAUUCGAGGAGCAGCUGCGACGCGAGAAGGUGCCACCGAAACGUGGUCGUGGACGACCACCAAAGCAUCCGCAUGCCAUUGCCGCCGCAGCGGCUGCUCAAGCGGCACGCAAUGCGGCCCAGGCUCAGGCGGAACAGCGUGGCAGCGGCGGACGUGGCAAUGUGGCGUCAGUAGGUCGCGGCGGCGGCACACAUCUGCAGCAGCUGCGCCGCUCGAUGGCCGUCAAUCAUAUGGUACGCUCCAAUCCCAUGACGUUGGUGGGCAACAAACGCAAGCUGGAGGAUCAUCAGGAUGGCCCAGUGGCACGCAAACGCAUGGCCACCGAAUUGAAUAGCAGCGGCGGCGUUGGCGGACGCACAGCACCUGUUAUCAAUGGCAGCACAUCGGUCGCAAAGACAGCGGCCAUCGGACUGCUGGGCAAUCAGAGCAAGACCAAGCUCAUUGUGAGCAGCAACAACAAUAGCGCAGGCGGCGGCAUGCGCUUCAUACAGACAACAAAUGCCAAGCAACAGUCGCAGCAGCAGCAGCAGCAACGAGCUGUGUCCAAUUUCAAGUUGAACUCGGCGUCGGCAACGAUGCCGGGACGUCCGAUUGGCAGUGUGGGCGUGGCACGUUCCGGUCCAGCGGCACGUCCAGUGGCCGGCAGCCAGCAGCGCGGUGUCGGCAGCGGCGGCGGUGGCGGUGGCCUCAAGAUGCACAAGGCGUCGAUGGGCAGCGGGGCGGCAGGCAAUGCCAAAGUGAAGGUGGAGAGCAGCAGCAACGAUGAGGUGCCGACAUUUACCAUUGUGAAUAUCGAUGAUAUUAUCAAUCAGGAUGAUGUGCUCAUCUCGCGCACCUCGAACAACAAUCGCAAGACGCCGCACACGCCACGCAACAUCAGCAGCAGCAGCAACAGCAAUAACAACAACUCACGCUCCACGUCCGCCAACAACAACAGCAGCAGCAACAGUGCAACGCCGCUCAGCAACAACACAACUGGCAACAGUUUGAAUUCGAGCGGCAAACGCAUCAAGAUGCUGUCGACAACAACAACAAGCACAGCGGGCAAAACAACGGGCGGCUUAAAGCAACUGACAUUGGCGGAAGCGACAAAGCCGCGUCCACGCAUCCUUAACGCUGAGAUGGGCAAAAAGACGCCGGUGAUGAAGCCACUGAUGUGCAUGGGCAAGGAACUGUGUCCCACGCCCAGCGAUGGCGGCGAUACCGAAGACGAUGAGGAUCUAAUGUCGCAUGAGAUGGCCGAUGAGGAUGACAUUGCAACCAUAUCACCAACCACAGCAGCCACAACAACGACAACAACAGCAGCGGGAAGUGGAGCAUCGCAAUCGCGUGUUGUGCGUCGCGUGCAAACUGCUAAAUGGCUGCCAAAUGCUGCACGACGCAACAUUUUGGCGACGACACCGAAUGCGAGCAAUAAGCAACAGCAGCAACAACAACAACAGCUGGUGACAGAUCGCAAGCUGACAAAGCUGCUGGGCGAGGGCAGUGAUGAUGAUAUGGUCUUUAAGAAGCCGGCAAGUCCGUCAACCUCAUUGUCAGCCACAAACACGCCACAGCAGUCGGCGUUAGGUUUGCGUCGCUCCAAAGAGAAUGCGAAUGCCAAUGCCAAUAUCAUUAUUAAAACCAGCAACAGUCCGAGCAACUUGGAUGAGGCAACGACCAUUGAUGGCGAUGUGGCUGCUGCCAUGUUGUUGGAUGGGGCAACAACAACAGCGGUUGCUGCGGACACGAAAACAACGGGCAUUAUCAAACAAGAGGCGAAAUACUUUCCACCCGAAACAACCACAUACUGUGAGGAAGAUGGACGGAUUGUGAAGAAGAUCACAUGCUAUGAGACCUGGCAUGUGAUUAGCACACCCCGCGAGUCCAUCACAAAGACACGCCAGCAACGCACCUGCCUCGAAUUAUCGCUGGCCAAGCUUGCGAAUGUCGCCACACGCAUCAAAGUCCCCUCGAGCAAAUGGACCAGCAAGGUGACGCUGUACAAGGUGUCGCCAUCGCUGAUGCAGCGCCAAACGAUGACCAUAUUCACCGGUGAUCUGAAGACCUACAACAUACCCGAGGAGGAGCGUCACAAAUAUCAGCCAUCGUGUGUCCUGUUCCGACGAUCGGUGCUCGAUCGCAGCAAGUGCCGUGUGCCCUUCGAUCGUGCCAUCAUCUUUAAGAACAAAUGCUUCUAUGCGAACAUCGAGGGCAAGCAUGUCAAUUUGCUGGGCGCACCCGAGGUCGUGAAUACCAUUAAGGAUGUGGAGAUACUCAUCGAUAUCGUUGAUUCGCUGGCAUUAUCAAGCAAUCUUGUUGAAAUGGUUACUUCCAAGUAGUUCGUGAGCGGGGGGCACAACGGGGGGAUUAUGCUGUAUGCUGUAUAAAAUAUGCAACAAAUAAUUCAAAAAACAAAAAAAAGAAGAAAAAAACACAAUACUACGUAAUUAAUUAUGUAGAAUCCGGACAGUUGAGAGUAAGUGGCGUACAAAAUUCUUUGAAGAGAAUUUGGAUCAAUUUGAUAUGAUAUGAUGGGUUACGCUGAAUGUUUCUUUUUUUUUUUAAUUCGAUUUAACUUAGUUGUAAUAGUUACUUUAGCGUAAUAGUUACUUUAGCUGCUCGUUAUAUAUCUACAUAAAAAAUAUAUAAUAAAACAAUUCAACACAAACACACGCAAAAACCAACAACAACAACAACCACAACACAGCAAUAACAACAAUUUAUACACAUGCAUAUUUUAUAUAUAUACACAAUUUUAAUUUUCAAUCAUUAUUUUGAUAAUAUAUUCUAAAUGUGUAAUGAUGUAUAUCGGAUAAAUCGGAAUAAUCCCCAAGAGCAAAACUGUAUAAUUCGAGAGUCGAACGCGACUUUCAAAGUAAACCUAAAAAUUAAAGAAAAACCAACUCUAUAA